AUGAGUUUGAGUCGAUUAGGCGAUUGGCUGGCGAGCACAACGAUGGCUGGUGUUAGCGGAGCUUUACCAUCGGUUGACGUGGACAUGCUGCUGCGAAGAGCACUUGUAUUCAGCAAACUGUUCACAAAAAGCUGGGGACAUCCGAAUACGUUUAGGGAACUGAUGAAACACAAAGCUGAGGUCAUGUCUCAACGUCGAGCUGAGGAAGUUUGGAAAUCAUUGAAAAUGAAUAUGAUCAUAGAAAAGGAACAACUAAGUCGAGGGAUACGGGUUAUAGAUGGCCGUUUUCGCAGUCCCCAUGCUAUGGUCUAUCCUAAUCAGAUGCCUGGGUGUUUGCAAUGGGCUAAGUUCAGGGCUUAUCUACCAGCUGUACAACGAAAAGGACUUUGCAUCCAUUUGGCUGGGACUGGUGACCAUUCCUAUCUCAGGCGUGAGUUGGGAUUUACCAAAGGACUGUUAGAGGAAGGUAUCGGCUCAAUUCUUCUUCAAAAUCCCUAUUAUGCUGAUCGCAAGCCUCCGUCGCAGUUCCGGUCUUCGCUUGAGAAUGUUUCCGACCUUUUUGUUAUGGGAGCUGCGCUGAUCUCUGAAUGUAAUUAUUUGAUACACUGGGCAAAGUCAGAAGGUUACGGGCCAUUAGGAAUAUCGGGGGUUUCUAUGGGUGGAUUUAUGACUUCUCUAGCAGCUUCAAAUGUACGAGAGCCAAUAGUGGUGGUUCCAUGUAUGUCAUGGACUACAGCCGGACCAGCUUUUACCGAAGGUGCACUACGGAAGGCUAUCAAUUACGAACGACUUCAGCAGCUGGUUGAAGAUCGCUCGUAUCUGGAAGAGCUUCGCAGUAUACCUAACCAGAAUUGGGUUGAUGAGAUGUAUGAGCGACAAAAAAGGAACGGACUUGGGUUGGCGCAUAAUAUGAUGUGCAUUCUUAUGGACGAAUUUACAUGCUUACGAAAUUAUCCCGUGCCAGUGGAUACUUCCUUAUGUACAGCUGUUGUGGCAGAAAAAGAUGCCUAUGUUCUACGUUCACAUGGGCCAGACUUUAGGCAAGUUUGGCCUGGAAUGCGAGUUCUCGAGCUGGAUCGAGUGGGACACGUAACAGCUUAUCUUCAACGUCAUCAUGUUUUUCGAAAUACCAUCGCGGAGCUUAUGCAUCGUGCGGAAGAAGCAAAACGGUCUAGGAAAGAGUCAAAUUGAUUGCAGAUUUGUUGUUAUAGUAUUUUCUGGUUGUUUCGAGUUUUUCUUUUAGAAGGGUUGUUGUAGAACAUAGAAGAGUAUAUCAAAAUUUCUACGGUGUCUUGCAAGAUUUUCAAAAUCUUUCAGAGCUCGACGCUAAUUUUUGUCGUAAGAAUGUACCUUAACUUAUUCCUCGUUGUCUUUCUUGGUCUUACUUGAACAUAGUCAUUUUCGAUACUUCCGCAUUUUCUCUUACAAAAUGCAUGCAAAUCAGGUCAGUAGUGCUCAGUUUCAAUGAUGAUAUUAUGAAUAUUUCGAAGCGUUC